AUGUUAUCGGUUCUCCUUGCGUAUCUUUCUGCCCUCACUCUUCUAGCAGUUGCCCAACAGGAAUUCUCAAAUGCUCGAAUCACUUUCUAUAACGCUGGAUUGGGAGCAUGCGGCGAAACGAAUAAUGACAAUCAGCCUAUACUUGCUUUGAAUACCGCGCAAUUCGGGAAUGGACAAUACUGUAACAAAGAAAUAACCAUCACAGCGAACGGGAAGACAAAAGAUGCUACUAUAAAAGACAGUUGUCCGGGAUGUCCAUUCGGAGGGCUUGACUUGACUCCAUCGCUUUUCAGCUUUUUUGCUGACCAAGGAGCUGGCCAUAUUUCAGGAAGUUGGAAAUUUAAAGACGGAAGCGGAGGCGGCACAACAGUAACCAAUGCUUCCACAACUGGAGCACCAAGUACGGGUCCUGGAAGUACUGGAGCUCCGAACUCUACUGGUCCUGGAAGUACUGGAGCCGCGAAUUCCACAGCUAACCCUGGCAACUCAAGUGCCCCAGGCUAUACUUCGUCCGCGACUGUCCCUGCAGGAGUAAAUAGUACCACCACAGCUGGAUCUUCGAAGCUUUGUCACCAUCAUUCACAUUGA